GACUGACUGAUCAUAUGAUCACUGCCUGUGUGUCCCAGUUCCCUCUGUUGCUGCUGGAAAACGCCACAUCUGACAGGGAGGGAGAGAAAGAAAACCACCACAGGGGAGCGUGAUCGGCGACAUCAAGAUGCUGGCGCUAAUAAAUCGGCUUUUGGACUGGUUCAGGUCCCUGUUUUGGAAGGAAGAGAUGGAGCUGACACUGGUCGGCCUGCAGUACUCUGGAAAAACAACAUUUGUAAACGUGAUCGCUUCUGGUCAUUUCAGUGAAGACAUGAUCCCUACAGUCGGCUUCAACAUGAGGAAAGUCACUAAAGGAAACGUCACCAUCAAGAUCUGGGACAUAGGAGGGCAGCCCAGGUUCAGGAGCAUGUGGGAGAGAUACUGUCGGGGAGUUAAUGCUAUUGUGUACAUGGUUGACGCUGCAGAUCGAGAAAAGGUGGAGGCCUCCAGGAAUGAGCUUCAUAACUUAUUAGACAAACCUCAGUUGCAAGGAAUUCCUGUUUUGGUUCUUGGCAACAAAAGGGAUCUCCCCAACGCUUUAGAUGAAAAGCAGCUCAUUGAGAAAAUGAACCUUGCAGCUAUUCAGGACAGAGAGAUAUGCUGCUACUCCAUUUCCUGCAAAGAGAAAGACAACAUUGAUAUCACACUUCAAUGGCUCAUCCAGCACUCAAAGUCUCGCAGGAGCUGAAUACUGCAUUUAUUUUCUCUUCUGUAUUUGCCAUGUUGCUGUCAUGUCACACUCUCACUACCGCGCAAUGAUGUACAGCUGCAUUUUCACUUUAUGUACUGCCCUGUUAUGCUUGCUUCUUACCUUUUUUACCCCAGUGAUUCUUUCACAAACUCAUAAUGCACUACUUAAACUUCUGAUUCGAGGUUUAGAGAAGGAAAUUAACAUAAUACAUCAGGUUAAACUGUAAUUUACAGAGAAAAAGGAAACAGAUUUUUCAGUUACCUUUUCUCUCGCAAGCAUUAUCCAGGGGAUAGCUACCGAUAGUGGGUAUAAUAAUGCACACCCUCAGAGAAAGGUGUUUAUUUUGUCCACCAGACCUCACACAAUGGGAAAUGUUCUUCACAGGCGGGUAUUAUGCCAGGAUGUGGCUGAUUUGGACCUCAUUUCUAUUAUGCUCUGUUCCUGUGAAUGUCCUCGAUGACUGUCACUCUUCGCUUGGAUCAGUGCACGUCUUUUCCUUUUAGAAAAUUCUGCAUUCUUUGCAUUCAAUUUGAGCAGAUCUGUACAAAUAUCUUGCUAGUAUGAUUUUUACCAAUGUGGGAUGUGUGUAUGAAUAUAUGAUUCUAUUUAAAGUCUGAAUGUACCAAAAGUAAAGCUGUACAGGCUCGUGUGGUUCAUGUUGGCCUCGGUGUAUAGCCUGAUGAUGUCUUCUGUGCUGCUGAGAGAGUGGCAGAAAUUAAAGUGCCUUGUGCAGCGUCUCUCUCUCUCUCCUCUGAACAAAGCAGCAUGUAAGGUGGGCCUACCUUCGUAGAGCCACAAACGACUUCACCUCAAUGUGUUAGAAAAUAAAAUGGCAUGCUUUUUAAUUUAAA